AUGUCAAACUAUACUUGGAAUGAUCUAGUUCAAUUGAAUUCUCCGACAGAGGCUUAUUUGUCUCCACUAUCUUGUGUCGCACAUAUCGAUGUUAAUGCAUUCUUUGCACAAGCGGAACAAAUUAGAUGUGGAUAUAGCAAAGAUGACCCAGUAGUUUGUGUGCAGUGGAGUUCAAUCAUUGCGGUAUCGUAUGCCGCCAGAAGCUAUGGUAUUUCAAGGAUGGACACUAUCGAAAGCGCAAUGCAAAAAUGCGAUUGUUUGAUUCCUAUUCAUACUGCUGUAUUCAAGAAAGGUGAAGAUUUUUGGCAAUAUCAUGAUGGAUAUGGAUCUUGGAAUAAAGAUAGGGACAAACAACUAUCUCCAAUAAACCAUAAGGUUUCUCUAGAUCCCUACAGGAGAGAAAGCAGGAAACUAUUCAAGAUUUUCAAAGAACAUUGUGAUGUUGUAGAAAAGGCAAGUGUUGAUGAAGUGUUUCUUGAUCUAGGAAGGCUUUGCUUUCAAAAACUAAUGGUAACUAAAGAGGAAAAUCCAAAUUCUGGUCUUUCAAUAUUACAGGAAAUGUUCAUAGGAGGAAACUAUCAACUCAGGAGCCAUCUACCGGCUGUUCCAGAUGAUCUGAAGAACUUAGAAUUCGAAGGGGAUGUUUAUGGUGCAUCUACUGAAAAACCAGUUAUUGAAGAUUGGGAUGAUGUUAUAUUUGCCUUAGGAUCGCGUAUCACAUAUGAAAUAAGACAAAUUAUUGAAGACAGCUUAGGUUAUACCACUUCUUGUGGACUUUCGAGGACGAAAAGUGUCAGUAAGUUGGGUUCGAAUUUCAAGAAGCCAAACGCACAGACUAUCCUAUUGAAUAAGUAUGUGACGAACUUUCUGGAUGAAAAUUCCUUUGAAAUAACCAGUUUUUGGACUCUUGGUGGUGUUCAAGGUCGAAGCCUACAUAAAGUUUUAAAAGCGCCAGAAAAAGGAUCGAUAAGAUAUAUAAGAGACACUUGGGAAACGGUUGGAGCUUUGCAGGAAACUUUAAACUCCGCUAUCAAGCACUCAAAUGAGGAUAAAUCUGGUUUAGAUCCUACCAAAACACUUGCGUUAGCCACAAAAGUAUAUGAAAUAUGUCGUGGCCAAUACUGUCUGCCAUUAAAUCCUAAGCCUGUAGUACAAUCGAUGAUGUCGAAUAAAAAUAUGAGAGGUGGAUCGUGUUCCAAUUUGGUAGAUUGUAUAUCAUGGUUAGAAGUGUUCUCUGGAGACCUCGUGUCACGAGUUAUGGAACUAGGGCAGGAGUACAACAAAGUCAUGGUGCCGAAGACAGUGUCUGUAGUUGUAACCACAAAGCUCUUUGAAGUACGACGUAAAUCAGGUCCGUUUAUCCAUAAGAGCUCAACAGUUAAUACAAAAGAUUUGUUGAGUACGGGAACUAAGUUGAUGUCUGAGCUAGAUGCAGCGUAUGGCCAAGGAAAUUCUAGUAAAUUUUAUCCGUUGAUUAAUAUGAAAAUGGUAUUAUCUAAUUUUGAAAUAAUGGAUUUGAAUAAGACGGUAAUAGAUAUGUUCGGAAAUCAAGUUCAAGUUUUCAAAUCCAAUGCAGGAGAUAGUAAUUCGUCGAGUAUGGAACCGGAAGAGGUUUCGAAAGAUCCCGUUUUCUUCUGUGAAAAAUGCUCCAUUAAUUUCCCCAGUCUACAAGAAUUUCAAGAACAUAAAGAUUAUCAUGUUGCAUUAAAGCUCUCCGAAAGCAUCAACGGGAUGCAGGAGGAUUCCAAAAACCUGACUAUUGGGGAGAAAAGAUUACUUUUCUCCAAUUCACAGAGACAAGACAGUAAUAAACGGAAAUUAAGUACAAAUAGCAACAAUACCGGUAAAAAGAAGAAGGCUCAGGAUGAUUCCAAGAGCAUACUUCGCUUUUUCUCUAAGUAG